UGGUGUGCUGCUUCGUAAGAUAAGCUCCAAACGGUCUUUGUGAGCGACCGAGUGAGCGUGCGCGAGAGACAGAAAGAAAAGGAGAGAGAGAGAAGCGACGGAGAGGAGGAAGAGAAGAUGGUGUGUGUCUUGACUGUGUCUCUGUCUGUGUGCUGGGUUUGGCUGAAGAUGCAGCGAUGGGAGAACCAGGGAGCUCCAGUCCUUUGUGCAGCAUGAGCCAUGAGCCAAAGUCACCUUCCUUAGGAAUGAUAUCCACGGCAACUCGCACCACGGCGACGGUCAGCCCCCUCACCCCAUCGCCCCUUAACGGAUCUAUCGUAGCCAAUGGGAGCCCGGCGGCCCAGUCCGCACACUCCGGAUUCGCCGCCGCCCUCCGUAAACUGGCCAAACAGGCCGAGGAUCCUCGAGGUAAGGACACCACACAUGUGGACAGACAGAGUUAUGAUUAA